AUGGCGCCAGAAGUUGGACUCUAUCUCGAUGAAUGCUUCUUCACGUCUUAUAACGCUAAAUUUGAAGAGAGCCAUGAGGAAGUGUCCAUGGAAGCAUACAAGGAAGAAGCUGAGGCGUUCAAAUUGAAGCAUAUUUAUUCUCAUAUCGGCUCUGCCGAGAGAAGAUAUGGAUCUGUGGCUCUUUGGUUGCAUUCCUUGAACUAUAGAAACUAUCCUGACCUAAACUAUGGCAGAAUUAAACAUAUCACAGAGCAAGCUCUUGUAUGUAAGAAGAUUGAUGAAACUCAAGACACCACAGAGCAAGCUCUUGUAUGUAAGAAGAUUGAUGAAACUCAAGACACCACAGAGCUAGAGCCAGUCAAAGUUUCUAAGCAAAAUGGUGAAGACUCCAAAGAAACCAUAACUGUAGCUUAG